CCAGCGUGCUGGAGCCAGAGCUAGCGAGCUGCCCGGAGCUGUGCCGACCCAGCUGAGCCCAGACCACUGGACGCCAGGUCUCCACCGUCGCUCGUGCCCCAGCUAGCUCUCGGAUCCAAGGCAGCCGGGGCCCGAUCCUCCCCUGUCCCUAUCCUGCUCCGACCCUCCACUUCACCUCCGGCGUCGUGACACCGGCUGUCUGCAGCAGCCCGUUGGUCAUGAAAUCCCUCAGGUUGCUGGCUUCUACUCUCUUCUGCUGCCUUCUACUGAUCAAGGGGUUAGGAGCUGCGCCCCCAGGACGCCCUGAGGCACAGCCUCCUCCCCUCAGCUCUGAGCAUAAAGAGCCAGUGGUAGCUGGGGACGCAGUGCCCGGGCCAAAGGAUGACAGCACCCCAGAAGUCAGAGCCGCUCGGAAUUCCGAGCCACAGGAUGAGGGAGAGCUUUUCCAGGGCGUGGAUCCCCGGGCGCUGGCCGCGGUGCUGCUACAAGCACUGGACCGCCCGGCCUCGCCCCCGGCGCCAGGUGGCUCCUCGCAGGGGCCAGUGGAAGACCCAGCAGAAGCUCUGCUGACCGAGACGGUGCGCAGCCAGACGCACAGCCUCCCGGCGCCAGAGACCCAGGCGCCUGCCGCCCUGCCUCACUCCCAGACUCAGGAGAACAUUCCCGAAGCGGGCGAUCCCAAUGAGGAGCUCGAGGCGCUAGCGUCCCUGCUCCAGGAACUUCGAGAUUUCAGUCCGAGCAACGCCAAGCGCCAACAAGAGACGGCGGCGGCAGAGACGGAAACCCGCACGCAUACGCUGACCCGCGUCAACCUGGAGAGCCCGGGGCCCGAACGUGUGUGGCGCGCCUCCUGGGGAGAGUUCCAGGCGCGCGUCCCGGAGCGCGCGCCUCUGCCGCCCCCAGGCCCCUCGCAAUUCCAAGCGCGCGUGUCUGAGAGCGGGCCCCUUCCCGAAACCCACCAGUUUGGGGAAGGAGUGUCCUCCCCGAAAACACACUUGGGCGAGGCUCUGGCACCCUUAUCCAAAGUGUACCCGGGCCUGGGGACCCCCUUCCCCAAGGCGCGCCGGCCGGAGAGCGCACUGCUGGGCGGCUCUGAGGCGGGCGAGCGCUUACUCCAGCAAGGGCUAGCGCAGGUGGAGGCCGGGCGGCGGCAGGCGGAGGCCACGCGGCAGGCAGCCGCGCAGGAGGAACGGCUGGCCGACCUCGCCUCCGACCUGCUGCUCCAGUAUUUGCUGCAGGGCGGAGCCCGGCAGCGCGGCCUGGGGGGUCGGGGGCUGCAGGAGACGCAGGAGCGAGGGCGCGAGCGGGAGGAGGAGGCGGAGCAGGAGAGACGCGGCGGGGAGGAGAGGCUGGGAGAUGAGGACGAGGACGAGGAGGCGGCGGAGGCGGAGGCGGAGGCGGAGGAGGCGGAGAGGGCGCGGCAGAACGCGCUGCUGUUUGCCGAGGAAGAGGAGGACGGGGAAGCCGGAGCCGAGGACAAGCGCUCCCAGGAGGAGACGCCAGGCCACCGACGGAAAGAGGCAGAGGAGGGCGGGGAGGAGGAGGACGACGAGGACAUAGACCCGCAGACCAUUGACAGCCUCAUCGAGCUGUCCACUAAACUCCACCUGCCAGCGGACGAUGUGGUCAGCAUCAUCGAGGAGGUGGAGGAGAAGCGGAAGCGGAAAAAGAACGCCCCUCCCGAGCCCGUGCCAGCCCCCCGGGCCGCCCCUGCCCACGUCCGCUCCCCGCAGCCCCCGCCCCCCGCCCCUGCCCGCGAGGAGCUGCCGGACUGGAACGAGGUGCUCCCGCCCUGGGAUCGGGAGGAGGACGAGGUGUUCGCCCCCGGGCCCUACCACCCUUUCCCCAACUAUAUUCGGCCGCGGACACUGCAGCCGCCUGCGGCCUCGCGUCGCCGCCACUACCACCACGCCCUGCCGCCUUCGCGCCACUAUCCCGACUCGGAGGCCGCGGCGCGCCGCGCGCAAGAGGCAGCAGAGGCGGAGGAGCGCCGGCUGCAGGAGGAAGAGGAGCUGGAGAAUUACAUUGAGCACGUGCUGCUCCGGCGCCCGUGACCCGCCCCGGCUCCGCCCCCGCGCGCCCCCGCCGCGCGCGACACCUCUCCCCCCUCCGUGUCGCUCCUCCCCCUCUCGGUGUUUGCAUGCGCCCCAGCCCCGCCC